AUGGGUAAAGGGGAACCACUAGAUUUACUCAGAGAAUUGCCCCCCAUUAAUAAUACCAUCUCUUAUGAACAAAUGUCGUCAGCUGAUGGAUCACCAUCAUGUUUGGCUAAGAACAGAGAGCAGCUUUUUAUUUUGGCAAAUGCUCCCCGUGGACGUGAGUUUAACGACUCCUGUGUGGACAAACUCAAAAUAGCAGAACAAAUAAAGAACGAAAUAAUAAAUGAACAGCUUCACCUAGUCCUUGUUUUAUACUCACAAAUACUCAAAGAGAAAAGAUACAGAAACACGCGUAAGAGAGCAAUUUACGAGAAAGUGGAUGGAACUAUCAGUGCCGCAAUCGAGUUAUACUCUCUAAUGGAAACACAAGAGGAAAGUAAGAAAAAAGGAUCUAUAAAGGAAAUUUGCUCCAUAUGUGACUGCUUGUAUGACCUGUUAGUUCAAUAUGAAAACGAAGAUGGUGAUAACAUAUCGGCUUCAUCCAUUGCUAUUACUGAGGAGAAGGAGAAGGAGAAGGAUAAGCAGAAGAAGCAGAAGAAGCAGAAGCAGAAGAAGCAGAAGCAGAAGAAGCAGAAGCAGAAGAAGCAGAAAAAGCAGAAUGAAUCACUGAACGAGUUAACAGAUGAGUUAUCGGAUAACAAGGAGUUCAAAUUCAGACACAACAAUAACCCUGCAAAAGGUGCUACUCAGCAUGCAACGUUGGCUUCAAAAGGGGAACCUGUGGAGGACGAAGAACUAACACAAGAUAUAGAGAAAACCAUAGGUAUGGACUUAAGGGAUAAAGAACUUGAGAAGAGAUUCUGUGUGGAAUCAGAUAAAGCAAAUAACUUAUCAAUGAUAUGUAGUUUCCUAAAUACUCCUAAUGGAAAAGAAUUUCAUUUGAACAGUAACUAUUCCCUACAACGCAGUAUUCGAUGUUUAUAUUGUGCUGAGACCCUGAAUGACAAAAGGAAUGAUAACAUUCAAAGAAGGAUAAAACCAAUUAAAUUUUUCAAGUCGAAUUAUGGCAAUAUGAUGUUCCUACGUAAUAGAGAAGAGCUUAUACAAAAAUUUACUAAAAUUGUAGAAAAGAAAAAAGAAAAAAGAAAAAAAAAAAAAAAAAAUAAUAAUAAUAAUAGUAAUAGUAAUAAUAAUAGUAAUAAUAAUAGUAAUAGUAAUAAUAAUAGUAAUAAUAAUAGUAAUAGUAAUAAUAAUAGUUAUAAUAAUAGUAAUAAUAAUAAUAAUAAUAGUAAUAGUAAUAGUAAUAGUAAUAAUAAUAAUAAUAAUAAUAAUAAUAAUAAUAAUAUAAACAAUAGUAAUAAUAGUAAUAAUAAUAAUAAUAAUAGUAAUAUAAAAAAUAAAUAUUAUGUUAAAAAAAAUACAAAUCAAAUGAACAUGGUCAGAAAUGAUAUAGAUGUUCAGAAUACCCCUCUUUCACAUAAUGAGAAAAAAAUUGAAUUAAAAGAGUUAAGAAGUAUAAUAUUAGACACUAAUAGAGUUAUUACUACUUUUAGGGUAGAUAGAAAAGGGAAUAUAGUAACUGUUAUGAAGCUACUAGCAAGAGAUGGAUUCACGCAGAGAGUAAUACAUCUAAGUGAAUACGAUUACUUCUUUGUUAAUGCGGAGGAUGUGGAUGCAAAGGAAAGGACAACAAAUAGAAUGGAAGAUGCAGAAGAGGAGAAAUGCAUAGACAAUGAAGAUUCUUUUCGGGGUGAUAAAAUAAUUUUCUAUAUUGGAAAUAAAAAAGUCUUAUUUGAUAAAAAAAAAAAAGAAAAAAUAAUAUUCCAUAUGGAUGAAUUAGGAAACAUGAAGAAAAAUAAAUAUAAAAAGAUAAGUAGCAUAAAUAGCAAAAAUAUUUUAGUAAAAACAUAUGAGGAGGAUGAAUGGUCCGAUGAGCAGGUCGACUUUUGUUAUCUUAGAGAUAAUAAACAUAAAGAAAAAAUUGUAUUCAAAAAGAAUAAAAAUGGAAAAGGGGAAAAUAAAAUAAUAUAUCAUCAUAAUGAAUUAACUAAUAGUAAGGAUAAUUUCUCUUUAUACAAAAGGAACGUUUUAAAUGUGAAAGAAGUAAACUUGUAUGACGAUGAUGAAGCUAUUCUUUAUUCUCUUAGACAGAAUGAAAAGAAAAGAAAAAUGUGGAUAAUUCGAACGCCCUCUGUUUCUUCAAACAUUGAGGAAAAAGAAGGGGAAAAAAAAAAAAAUACAAAUGUAAAAAAGAAUGUAAAUAAAAAUAAAUAUUCAAAUACCAGUAAUCAUAUAUAUAAAUAUUCGGGUAAACAUGUUGAUAAAUAUACGAACUCCUCAGAGAGUAGAUCCAACUGCGGGAAGGACAUACUUGCAGGACGUUUGGAACUGUACAAGAAUAUUAGUGGAAUAAAUGAAAUGAAUCAGUUAGAUAUAUUUACAACACUCAAAAAAAGAAAAGAGAAAUUUUUAAGAGAGAUAUAUCUUUUCAAUAAAGAAGAAGCAUUACCAAUUAGAAAAUACCCAAAAGCUAGAAAAAUAAAAAGUCAUAUUAAAGUGAGAAAUGAGAAGGAGAUAACUACAAAGGGAUGGUUGAAUGGACAGAUUAGAGAAGAAGGGCAGGGCGAACGGAAGAAGCAGGAAAAAAGAGGUGGGCGAAGCAAUUUAAACGAGCUGCACAAAAUGAAGAAUAAGGUCAAAAAGGUGAUAAAAGAUGCUACACCCCAAGGGGUUAACGAUUAUGAGGUGAGUAAAGCAGAGAAGAAAAUUAUAAAAGAAUCUGUUGGGGAAAAAAAAAAAAAAAAAAAAAAAAAAGAUGAUAUGAUUAGUAUAGAAGUUUCUUCUAAAAAUAAAACGAAAAAAAAAUAUAUAAUGCUUAAGGGGAAAUGUUUAAAGGAAGAAAGGGAAGACGAACGAUGGGGCAAAUCAAUGGAAAGUAAUAGAACUGCAACACGUAACGGAGUUCCAUCUAGCAACAACACUACAACUUGUGCUGAAACAAACAAACCGUAUGAGAAUCUCUAUUUGGAAAAAGCGAAUAAAAGUGCAUCAAUAACAAGCGAUUACAUUUCUAUAAAUAAAUUAGCAUCUAAUAUUGAAGGGAAUAGUAGACCAGAAAAUUUUAUUGAAAAAGAAAUUAAAGAAACAAAUAAAAAAAUUGAAGAUUUCGUUUUUAAUGAAAAUUUAAAAAAUAUAUGUAUCACGUCCCAUACAUUAGCCAAAAAGAACUCAAAAAAUUGCAUCCAGUACUUGACCCGCAAUAAGAAGCUGCCUUUGCCUAAUCUAACCCCGAGUAGCAAGCAGAACAGAGCUCGCGGCGUUAAGAAACCCUAUGGAGGUAGUGACGUUGAUAGGAGUAGUGUUAACAGUAACGGAGUUAACAACCAUGAUGUUGACUAUCAUAAUGAUGAAUAUCAUAAUGAUGAAUAUCAUAAUGAUGAAUAUCAUAAUGAUGAAUAUCAUAAUGAUGAAUAUCAUAAUGAUGAAUAUCAUAAUGAUGAAUAUCAUAAUGAUGAAUAUCAUAAUGUUGACUAUCAUAAUGAUGAAUAUCAUAAUGAUGAAUAUCAUAAUGAUGGCGAUAGUAGUGUGAAGUACCCUUUUCAAACGAUAUCUCGUUCUCCCAAUAGGGAAAGGGCGAAGCGGAAAGACAGCCCUAUGUCAAGGAGCAAGUCGAAACACGAAAAAUAUACUAAUAUUAACAACAUGAACGGCAAUAAUAUUUCUAGCAUUAGUUCAUACCAUUUAGAGGAAAGUUCAACUAAAGAAAAGAAGAAUUUUGAAAAAAACCCUCUAACGAAUCAAUCAAGUGUUCAACUGAACAAUCGAAUGUUAAGUGGUAGUUUAUCUCAGUCAAGUCGUUACAUGAAAUCAAAGCAAAGGACUAGUGAGCAGGACAACCAAAUAGAAAGCAGCGCCGAAGGGAAAAUUUUGAAAGAAAGAAAUGAAAUAGUGGAAAAAGACAAAAGUAAAGGAGGAGUUAAACAAAUGGACACUGAGCAGGAAAAAAGGAGGGAAUACCUUAGUAGAGCGGAAAAAAAUAUAAUAACGAGAAAAUGUACCAUUUCUUUUGAUUAUUCAACCAGGAAAUUAAGUAUUACAAGAAAGAGAAAGAUAUUUGGAAUAGACAUAGACAAAAUGGCAAUUGAGGAAAUACCAACUUAUAGUGAAAAGGUAGCAAUAGUACGAUUGAUAAUCUUGGAAAAGAACUGUAAGACGCUUUUGAUUGAAACUGAUAAUCUUACUGCUUUGCAAUAUUUAGGAGAUGAAAUUGGAUGGAGGAACAAACAAAAAGCGUGUGAAAAGUUGUCAAAGAAUUAUAUCCUUAAUGCCAUUUUGAAGAGGAUAAGAGUCAGCUUAAAAAAAGAAUACGAAAAGACCAACAUAAGUUUUUUUGACAAAAUAAAGCUAAACAAAUUGUUAGGGAAGAAUAAAUAA